AUGAAGUUCGAUGACGGCAAGGAGUUCGAGCCGACGGGCAAUGCAUUCCAAGUGAAAGGAACCUUGACUAACGAUGGCGAGGAGCGAAUUCCUGGCAGAGUAGGCAACCAGCUCCAUUUUCGUCAAGCCUCUGUAACUACACGCGUCUCGGCAGGAAAGCAAGCUCCUCAGUACUCGGGACAACGGGCCGGUCCGGUCAAGAUCACUCCCUUGGAGACCACCGUGGUCUUCGUCAAGAUCCCUGAAGCUUUCACUUCGCAGGAGGGUUGGAAGCAAGCUCGUUCCAACCCGACGAGGUUCACUGCCUCGUGGGCUGCUUCCCACAAGGUCGUUCUUGCUGACGCAUGGGGGUGGGUUGUUGAUAGCCCCGGGAAAGCCGGCCAGCAGCUUCAUGGCAAAGCAAGGCUUGCCACGAAGGAACUUGCAUCCUUGCUAGCUGUGAGUGGACAGGGGGGUGUCUUCAUUGACGCCAUGCGACAUGCCGUUGCGACCCAGGUUCAAUGGAUUGCCCAGAGCCCUGGUGAGACUGCUACUGCUUAUUUUGAAAGAGGUGUGCGCAUGGGAGCUCAGCUUGGGCUUGUCACGCAAGGCGGCCGCCUUGGAGCCCGCAACCCAAGAGACGCCUCUGUUGCUGUUGCCCGUGUUUGGUGUUUCCCACACGUGCCGCCGUCUUGGGGGCCCACCCAAGUGACUGAUGUGCUGGCUUCGGCCUUUGAUGAUGUGGUGCUUUUACAUCAUCGCCGCAUGGGCAAGGAAAGGAUCUACCGCUUCAGGGCCAAGCACAAAUUUGGCGACAAGGACAUCGUUCCACUUCAGGUCGCCACCGAUGACGGGGCCGGGGCGGACACCAUCACCAUGUGGGCAACGCUUGCGCCGCCUACGCCACCUAAGGGCAAGAAACAAGUGUUGCGGCAAGCCUCCGUGCCUUUCUUUGCGCCGCGGGAGGCGGCCCUGGCCCCAAAGGCGACUUCUGUCAAGCAGCCAGCUGUUCUGGAUAGCCAGGGAAAAGAAACAUCGCCAGCUUCUGUGAGAGUGCUGUCUCAACGCGAGGUACCUGCGAAGUGCAAAGUGGUACCCAUCGAUAAGGAUGGCUCGUGUCUCUACAGGGCUGUUGCUCGUGGCCUCAAAUGGUUGUCUGGCUCCAAGGCCACUGACUUCUGUCACAGGGACUUGCGGGCAAGAGCCAUCGAGCAUAUCAGACGUCACAGAGCUGAGUACGAGGCCGAGUGGGAUGGCCAAGGCCCUACCCUUGAAAAACUCAGAGCCGAAGCUAAGCCGGAUGAGGACCCUUUUGCAAAAUACCUUGAUUUGGCAGCACACGAGUCGGCAUACGCCAGCAUUUUUGAAAUCAAGGCACUUUCGCGGUUGUAUGACACAUGCAUCAUCGUCAUUCCGCAGGACGGGUCCUUUGCCACUAUGUCCUUCAAGGACCACAAGCGAAAAAAGGCCAUUGCAUUAUGGUAUACACCUAAGCAUGUGGAUCUCCUUUUACCCGAGCAGGAGGGCCAGUCCUACCCGCCUGAUUUGUUUGUGGCAUGUCAGGGCACCGUUGUCGAUCUGAGGGCUGGCGGCCGCAACGCACCCUCUCUGUCCAGCGGAGCAUGGACUCGGGCUUCUAACGCCCCUGCUGCUACGUGCUCAAAAGGCCCCUCUCGAAAGCGUGCUUGCAGCCGCGCCGACAGCAUCUGGACCCGAGCAUCCAAUGCUCUGUCGUCUUGCUCUGCGGCCCCGCCUGCCGCGCCACACAUCGAGUCACAUGCUUACCGCAGCGCAGCUGCUACAGCCGAUGUUGCCAAGACUGCGUGGGCCGAGGCCCGCGCUGGCCUUCCGUCUUCGGCCUCUGCGUGCUCUAGUGCUGCUGCCGUGCACAGCGCCUCCGUUGAUGACUUUGAACCUGUUCCCGAACCCCCGGUUGAAGCCCGACCCUGCAAGCGCAAAGUUGCUUUCCGCUCGCCGCAGGGUGCCGACAUCAAGUUCAAAGGCCUUUUCCAGUGUGACUUGUGCCCUUUUCGUAAGGUUGAACCUGACGCCAGGAAGCUGAUUGUUGCCCGUUAUAAUCACCUGGUUCGGCGACAUGAGGGACAGGGCAUCAGCAAGAUACGGCCGGCCCCUGUGCUUACCAAGAGGGCGCGGAAGGAUGACUAUCUGUGGAGGUGCCCGGUGUGCAAGGCAGGCCUCCUCAAAGAUGACAAGGCUGAUUGGAACGCUGCUGCGAUCCAGCGCUUCAGGACUGAGCACAGGGUACAGAAGCAUCCGGAGAUCGCCCCGAAGGAGUGGACCAGAAUGCUUCAUUGCCACUCAACCACGUCAACCAAACGUGCCAAGAACAGAGCGAGCAUUCUCAAUCGACGUGUUGCUAAACUCACGUCCAGUGAUCAGCCCCCUCACUUUGUUCCUUUCCUGUUGCCCCGGCCACGGAGUCGUGAAAAGCCCCGGCCCGGAUGCUGGAAUAAACAGGCUCAUGUCAAGGUUGGGUUUAUGAGCGUUUGGAAGUGCACUAGGUGUGGUGACCUUGCCCGCAGGAACCAGGACUUCAAGCGUCAUGCUGGCGAUGUGUGUCCCAAGCCGCCCUCGGAUGCGGUCAGACAGCGCCGCCUCAAAGCACUCGCGAAAUUGCAGCCUUUAGCCAACCCCACGCUGCUUGGAUUUAGCGCCGCCCAGAUCCAGGACAUUUUCGCGUCAGCCCGGCGCGCCCUUGAGGACAAACCGCUGGCACCUUCCUCUCACUUCUGA